AUGUCGAGCCCUUCGGAAUACACAGUGGGCUGGAUAUGUGCCUUACUAGUGGAAUAUGUUGCCGCACAGGAGUUCCUCGAUGAGGAGCACGAAAAGCCGAGCUCUGUUUCGCCAAACGAUACCAACGAUUAUACGUUAGGCAAAAUGGGCGAACACAAUGUUGUCAUUGCGGUCUUGCCUGAUGGGGAGUACGGUACUGCGUCCGCCGCAAAUGUGGCAACAAAUAUGAUGAACACCUUCCGCAAUGUCAGAAUAGGCCUUAUGGUGGGCAUUGGUGGUGGUGUGCCAAGCCCGCGUCAUGACAUCCGUCUGGGUGAUGUCGUGGUCAGUGCGCCUCGCAAUGGUGAGGGUGGUGUCUUCCAAUACGACUUUGGCAAGUCGAUUCAGGGUGAAAGCUUCCAGCAUACGCGGUUCCUAAACCAACCACCCACUCUCCUUCGCACUGCAAUCAUGGGAACAAAGGCAUCUUAUGAGAGAAAGGGCCACCGACUUGUUGAGGCUAUUAACAGCCUUCUUGAUGCGAACCCUAGACUACGAAAGUAUAAAAAGCCAAUAUCAAGCACGGAUAGGCUGUUUAUAGCAGAGGCUCUACAUGACUUAAGGGGCUGCUCCGCAUACUGCGCCAGUGACCCAUCAAGGUUGAUAUUGCGACGAGAGCGAGAGGAGCACGAAGAUAAUCCUGCUAUUCAUUAUGGCCUGAUUGCCUCCGCAAAUCAAUUGAUGAAGGAUGCUUUGGCUCGUGACAAACUUGCCGCAGAGAAAGACGUUCUUUGUUUUGAAAUGGAAGCGGCUGGGUUAUUAAACACAUUUCCCUGUUUGGUGAUACGGGGCAUCUGCGAUUACUCGGACUCGCAUAAGCACAAAGAGUGGCAAGGAUGGGCUGCAAUGGUUGCGGCUGCAUACGCUAAGGAUCUUCUCAAAAGAAUUCCCUUGAACAAGGUCGAGGCUGAAGAAAGGAUCAGUGCUGUUCUCCAUGAGGUUUUAGAGAGCACCACUCAGCGCCUUUACGAUCAGCAAGAAAAACACCAUAAAGAGGAUAUAAAAAAGGCCUUUACCGAUAAGCAACAGGCUUGUCACCAAAGUUUCAAGAAAGGUAGUUACACAGACCAGAAGAAUAUCAACCCUGAGCCAGCCGAGGGAACCUGCCGAUGGGCUCUACAGAGCCCUGAGUAUGUUCGUUGGUGGGAGAGUUGUGGUAAUGAGCUUCUCUGGAUAUCAGCUGAUCCAGGUUGUGGAAAGUCCGUUUUGGCCCGGUCAAUUGUUGAUAACUGCUCCCGGGUCCCCGAUCCGACUGUAGCAGUUUGCUAUUUUUUCUUCAAAGACAACGGUGAACAAAAUACUCUUGCAACUGCCCUGUGCGCAAUUCUACAUCAGCUUUUCAGCCAAAAGCCUCAUCUUCUAGAUCAUGCACUACCAGCCUGGGAAAAGAACGGCAAUGACCUUCAGAAAGAGGUUGAAGAACUUUGGAAGAUUUUUCUAGAAGCAACAUCGGCCAACACAUCCUGCAAAACCAUUUGUGUAUUUGACGCACUUGACGAAUGUUAUGAAAAUGACCAAGGCCGCUUAAUUUCGAAGCUCGAGCAAUUCCACCACCAAUCUUUAUCAAACGCCUCCACACAAGAUUCCUUGUUGAAAUUCCUAGUGACCAGUCGUCCAUAUGACCACAUCCAGUCUCAGUUCGAUAAAGUCACUCAAUCAUUUCCUCAAAUUCACCUUAAGGGGGAGGAAGAAAAUGAACAAAUUCGUGAGGAAAUAGAUUUAGUUGUGAAGAUCAGAGUCAAAGAGCUAGCUCAUAGCGCAAUGUUGUCACCGAAAACAGCCCAGCAGCUUGAGCACAAGCUUCUCGAAAUGGAACAUCGCACUUAUCUUUGGCUAUAUUUGGCUAUGGACGACAUCCGCACAGCCUUCCAGAAUAGCCUUCGACCUGCCGAGGAAUCUAUUCAGAUGAUACCCGAUUCCGUGAAUGCGGCAUAUCAAAGGAUCCUUAGUCGAGUGCCAUCCGAGCAGGUGGAUACAGUGAAGAAGAUGUUACAGAUCAUCGUUGCGGCCCGGCGUCCAUUAUCAAUCGAAGAAAUGGGUAUGGCUCUCGGCAUAGCUCUCUAUCCACAGUCAAAGUCCCAAGCGGAGGCCGGGUUAGAUACCACCAACUUAGGCGCAAAGCUUCGACGCUUAUGCGGCCUGUUUGUUUUCCUCAAUGCCGACCGCAAUAUUCAUCUCAUUCAUCAGACAGCUAAGGAAUUUCUAAUCAGAGGGGAUGCCGCCAAUCAAACAAUGUGCCAGUAUUCUUGCACCUUUACGGAAGCGGAGGACCACAUGGCUCAUAUCUGUUUGCGAUAUUUGUCGAUGGACUUUCCUAAGGGUAAAUACUUUUUUAAAAAUAACUACUCUUUUGAAGAAGAUUGCCCAUUUGUGACAUAUUCGACAACGUAUUGGGCAGACCAUGUGCGAUGUAUGACACCAAGCACAGAUCGAGAAGUCUCAGACCUGCUACACCAAGUCUACAACACUACUUCCGAAAGCUUUGGAAGUUGGUUUCCAAUUUUCCGUAGAAAGCAUCGAAAUCACCCUAUGAAAAUGAGAAUGAAUGAAAUGAAAGCAAUACACCUGGCAGCAUUCAAUGGACAUGAGCAAGUGGUCUGUGAUUUACUUGCUAAGGAUACAAGAGUUUCAAACUUGCCCGAUGGCUUUGGGAUACAUCCGCUAGCAUGGGCAACAUUGAAAGAUUAUGGCAACAUUGAUAUCCUACGUAUAUUGUUAAGAGGUGGAGCCGACAUCAAUGCCCAGAGUGAAUCCGCCGGUAGUGCUCUGCAGGCUGCCUGUGUGAGCAGAUUCAGGAAGGCUGUCGAGAUGUUACUCGAGAAUGGAGCUGAUGUUAAUACUCAGGGUGGACAUUACGGCUCUGCUCUACAGGCUGCUUGUGCGCGCGAAGGAUCCAUUGAGCUUGCGGAGAUAUUACUGGAGCAUGGAGCCGAUGUUAAUACUCAGGGUGGACAUUACGGCUCUGCUCUACAGGCCGCUUGUGCGGAUGGAUCUAUUGAGCUUGUGGAGAUAUUACUGAAGCAUGGAGCCGAUGUUAAUAUUCAGGGUGGAUAUCUCGGCUCUGCUCUACAGGCCGCUUGUGCGGAUGGAUCUAUUGAGCUUGUGGAGAUAUUACUGAAGCAUGGAGCCGAUGUUAAUAUUCAGGGUGGAUAUCUCGGCUCUGCUCUACAGGACGCUUGUUUGGAAGGAUCUAUUGAGCUUGUGGAGAUAUUACUGGAGCAUGGAGCCGAUGUUCAUACUCAGGGUGGAUAUUACGGCUCUGCUCUACAGGUUGCUUGUGUGGUAGAUUCUACUAAGCUUGUGAGGAUAUUACUAGAGCAUGGAGCAGAUGUUCAUACUCAGGGUGGAUAUCACGGUUUUGCUCUACAGGCUGCUUGUGCGGAAGGAUCUAUUGAGCUUGUGGAGAUAUUACUGGAGCAUGGAGCCGAUAUUAAUACUCAGGGUGGACAUUACGGCUCUGCUCUACAGGCUGCUUGUGCGGAAGGAUCUAUUGAGCAUGUGGAGAUAUUACUAGAUCAUGGAGCCGAUACUGCUGUCCUGCAUGAAUUCGACCGCAAGGUUGCCCUCCAGGCUGCUAACGCUCUCGAAGCCACAGCAAAAUAA